AUGGCUUAUGGAGCCAUUCACUGCUUCCUCUUAGCUAAUCUUUUAGUGGGAAGAUCAUGUAUAUGUGCAAAGGUUCCUGCCAUUGUUGUGUUUGGAGACUCUUCUGUGGAUGCAGGGAACAACAACCACAUUUCUACAAUAUUGAAGAGCAACUUUGAACCCUAUGGUCGUGAUUUUGAUGGUGGCCAACCCACUGGACGUUUCUCCAAUGGCAAGCUUCCAACGGAUUUCAUCUCUAAGGCUUUUGGGAUCAAGCCCCUCAUACCUGCUUAUUUGGAUCCAAAAUGUAACAUCACUGAUUUUGCCACUGGAGUUUCCUUUGCUUCUGCAGGAACUGGUUAUGAUAAUGCUACCUCAGACUUGCUAUCUGUAAUACCUCUAUGGCAGGAACUAGAAUAUUACAAGGAAUUUCAGAGGGACCUAAGGAGCUAUCUUGGGCAAGACAGAGCAAACCAGGUUCUUAGUGAAGCGUUGUACUUAAUCAGUGUAGGAACCAAUGAUUUACUAGAGAACUACCCUAUGCUUCCAGAAAAGGCAUCAGAAUAUUCAGUGAAAGAUUACCAGCAAUAUCUUCUCGGAAUUGCUAAUAAUUUCGUAACAGAGCUUUACCAGCUAGGUGCUAGAAAGAUAUCCAUUGCAGGACUUCCUCCUAUGGGGUGUCUGCCAUUAGAGAGAACAACAAAUAUCAUGUUUGGGAGUGAUUGCUUGGAAGAUUACAACAAUUUAGCCAAAGAUUUUAAUGAAAAAUUGGUUGCACAUCUCAACUACAAGCUUGGUGGGAUACGACUGGUGCUUUCAAAUACAUAUGAUAUCCUAUGGAAUAUCAUUCAGAAUCCAGAGUUUUUUGGAUUUAACGAUGUUACAACCGCAUGCUGUGGAACAGGAUUAUUUGAGAUAGGUUACAUGUGUGAUAAGAUGAAUAUGUUUACGUGUUCGGAUGCAAAUGAAUAUGUAUUUUGGGAUGCCUUACAUCCCACGGAAAAGACUAAUGCCAUUAUUGCUAAUGAUUUGAUCAAGAAUUACUUAGCUGAGUUCUUAUAA